CAAAUAUGAAAGGACUAAAUGAUUAUUUACGCUGGUAUAGGUACGUGCCCGUACAACCAUAUGUAUACAUUUUUACACGCCAUUACCCUGAAGAAUUAAGCUAAGUGCUGUACAUCAAUAAGAGCGAACCCUAUCAGAUAAAACGUCGUGAGCGAUAACGUAAUGUCUGACUCAUUGUAAAUGUAUCGCUCGAUGGGAAAAACAACUACACAACAACCAAUAAGGAUAUGUAUGCAAAUAGGUAAAAGGAAACCUUGAACCGUUUGAUAGUCAUGUUCAUAUGAGAUGUUCAUCGCGGACGUGUUAGCUGGUCUACAUGCUUCCGGCAACAUGUUGCAUGAGUGGCAGCCGAUAUUGAAGUGGUUGGCCAUUGUUGGACUUGUGCCAUUUGCCAACAACGGGAAACGUCAACUCCAGCAUUGGCAACGCGUCUACACAUUCAUCAUCCUGGCGGUGAAUUGGAUUCUAACUGCCUAUGGUAUCUUCGAACAGCCAAUGGAUGACGAAGUGCUGGUAUCCAAUUUUGUCAGCGUUAUGGUUUUUCUCAGUCAAUGUAUAGCGCUGACCGUCUGCCUGUUGGAGGGGAUGUGCACCUAUCGUCUACAUUUCGCCUUCAUGCAGCAAUCACAGCGUAUUGUGUGGCUCUUUUAGCAACGCCUGCAAACCGGUCUGUGUCGUUGGAGUUUGCGGCGUCGCCAACGUUUCAAAUAUAUGUGCUACUUAUGUGUCGCCUAUGGCAGCCUGUCGAUAUCGAUGGUGGUCAUUUGGUUCAAAUACUACUACGGUUACUUUUGGUAUGCGUUUGGUUGCAUUCUGGUGUUGCGUACCCGCUGCCUGUUGGCCAUCAUCUAUAUGGACUAUAUCGAUUUCUAUAUGGCCCAUUUGAGUAUGAAGCUGCGUUCGGUAGUCAACUGUCGUAUGCGCAAGCCGCGCUUGUGUUUAGAUGUCAAUUAUAAAAUGUUGGAAUCCUUCGAUUAUUUGUUGCAGCUGAAAUUGGUGUAUGGUGAGAUAAAUAAAUUAACAGCUAUGUUCGAUGAUAUAUUCGGUUGGUCGCUUUGUGCUUUAUUAACGGUUAUUUUUCUGGAUAUUACCGUCAAUUCGUACUGGACGUUUCUAACAUUAUCGGGUGUUUACGAAUUCUAUUUCCUAUACUUAACCAUGUCAACGGCAUUUCCACUGGCAACCGUUAUCAGCUUUGUAUGCCAUGCUGGGGAGAACUGCAAGCAGCAGGGCAUUUCCAUGGGAAUUUUGGUCCAGCGAUUAUUGAAUAGCAGAUACAAAUAUACAAAUACAAAAACCUACAAUGAUUUGCUAUUCGAAUUUGCUAUGCAAAUGAAGCAAGAUCCAAUGGUGAUAGUGAUUAAAGAGUUUGUGGUUGUGGAUUUGCGGCUACUUAUGAAGAUUUUUACCGCAAUAGUAACAUAUUUGGUAAUACUAUUACAAUUUCGAUGGACUUAUCCCGAGGAUUACGGAGAUGUGAACUGAGACAUUUUUGAAGCAACAAGAUAUAUAUAUCAUUAAGGGGCAUUUGCAACUAUAAUGUACAUUUGUAUACGAAAUAUAUUAUAUACGAGGCUAUAUUAUGUGUAUAAGAG